AUGCUUAAAAUACCAAUGCAAUCUCUUUCACUGAAGUUCAUAUGCGAAAGGGAAAAGAAAUUUAGUAUUUCAAUUGACAAUGACGAUGACUUAAAUUUGAUGUUCGAGUAUUGUCGGCGUAAUGGAUUUACAGACGCGAAUUUGUAUGCUACCUCCGCUGAGGAAUCCUCAACUUCACAGAACACGCAGACUACGCUGGAAACUGCGACAAUACCGACAGAAAAACCAUGGUGCGCAGAUACCACGUUCACCCAAACCUAUAAUGAUGAGUGUAUUCCUAAUGACAACCCCACCGGCGACUCGAUCAGGCUGCUGGAAGACAUGCUUAAUCACCAAACAAAGAUCCCAACUAAAUGGCACACCUCCAUACGUGAAGUUGGUCAGAAAUUUGAUAGUGCUGCUGAAGUUAGAUUAGCACUUCAAUACUAUUCAAUUGCUAAACGGUUCGAGUAUGAUUUUUACCAUAAUGAACAAAGAUGCAUAAGAGUCUAUUGCCGAUUCAAGCACACACAUGGUUGCCCUUGGAUGUUGUUUGCUUCCCCGCUCAGAAAUUUGUCUAUCAUGUCCAUAAAGAAUUUCGAGUCUACCCACACAUGCGGUCAACAUAGAGCAAAUGCUGGCAACUCAAGGACAUCAAGGAAGUUCAUUGCUAGCCAAAUACAAGCUAUUUUGAAGGUUAGGCCAGAUAUUCGUGCAGUUGAUAUUAAGAAUGACAUGCUCUCUAAUUUUGGCAUCAAGAUUAACUACAAUAAAGCUUGGUGGAGCAAGGAGACAGCUCAACAGGACCUGUAUGAAUCCAUGGUGCAUGCAACUAAUCCAGUGAGUCGUGUUGUUAUUGAUGCUGAUGACGGGAGGAUCAGGCGAUUGUUCAUUAGUUAUAAUAUCUGUAUUAAAGGGUUUAUUGCUGGGUGUAGGCCUCUAUUAUUUUUGGAUGGAACAUUUAUUAAAGAUUGUUACAGAGGCAUACUACUAAGUGCUAUUGGGUAUGACGGCAACCAGGGAAUAUUUCCCCUUUCUUAUUGCAUAUGCGACCAAGAGAAUAAGGUUAACUGGAAAUGGUUAUUACAAGGAUUAUGGACAUUACUAUAUGAUAGGGAAAAUCCUUACCAACCUCCAUAUCGACUGGUAAUGAUUUCCGACGACAACAAGGGUAUCAGGGCAGCAGUCGAGGAAUUUUUUCCUGAUGCAUUCCAUUCAAGAUGUGUUCUGCAUCUAGUCGAGAAUUUCAAAAAGAAGAUGAAGGAUUUUGGGCACAAGGCAAAUGUCAUGACUACGUUGGGCGAGCUGUUACAAUCUGCGGCUUAUAAGUUCACAAUAUCUGAAUGGGAUAAUGACAUGCGAGCUGUUACAAUCUGCGGCUUAUAA